AUGCCUUCAUUGUACGAGAAGGUAGUUUCAGUAAUUGAAAAAAGUCCUGAUCAAAGGACAGAUUUCGAUUGUCAGGAACUCAUAGGAUGGUUCAGGAAUAAGUCACCACUUUUUCUGUCUCUCAAGCCAGAUAUUGUCAAGGAUGUCAUACGCCAUUGUGUGUUCGAGAAGAAAGUGCGAGAUGACGUUAUCAUCAAGCAGGGUGAGGAUGGAGAAAGGUUAUACAUUAUUUUGAAAGGGAAGCUAUCAAUUUACGUUUAUCACGACAAGGAAAAUGAGCAGGAAAUACGACAACAUGUGGAGAGGGUAUGUUCCAAGGCCAAGCUGGACAGGUCAGCCCUUGGACAACAUGUGUGGACAUCAGGAGACGGACAGACUGUCGGAGAGAUUGCCCUGAUAAAAGAAGAUUGUAUCCGAACUGCAAGUGUGGUGGUUGACGCUAAUUCGGAACUUCUUGUCAUCGACCGAGCGUUAUACAAUAGAUCAGUCCGGGACGUGUUAGAAAAGGAGUUCCGAGAAAAGACAGAAUUCGUGGAGAAAAAUCCACUUUUUGAGCAUUGGACGUCACGGCAGAAAAAAUCCAUGGCUAUUUCGUUAAAGAGGGAUACGUUUCAUUACGGCUGUCGCCUCACCAAGCAGGGACAGGAAGUGGACAAUGUUUACUUCAUCAGAAGUGGAGAAGCGGAAGUGAUCAUCGAUCAGGGUAGUCAUCGAAGUCAAUAUCAAGAUCUGUGGGCGGAAAUGGUUCGGCUCUUACCGGAACUGCUACCACCAAAUUACGGUAUGAACUACACACCAUAUGAAACCCUGAAAAGAAAAAGAAUUGCACACAGACAGUUCCCUAUGUGUCUUCUAGGAGCCAAUGAAAUGGUCGGAGCUUUGGAGCUUGUCGUUGGACUUCCUACGUUUAUAGAGACAUGUACAGUGACGAGAAGUUCCGAAAUACUAGUUCUCAGUAAGGCCAAUUAUCAGCGCCUAUUUCAUCGUAGGUCCGCAUCACGUGCUGUUGAGAUGUUGAAACAGACUUUAUGCAUGCGGCUAUUUUUGUACAUACACCGAGCACAGUUAUCGGAUACCUAUGCACCUUUUCUGAAAUAUCUCACAAUUAAAUUACGUGAUAAGGAGUCAUUAAAACUCUUGAAGUCUAAGCACAAAAAACGUACUGGGAACAAUGAGUAUCUGUAUUACGGCUUCUAUGAAUACACACGACUAGAAAAACAUGAUCAGGGCCUAGUAAAGUUAAUGAAAGUGUUAGAUAUACAUUAUAUGGGUCUAGAUAGCUAUCUCCCAGAAUUGGAAACAAGUACUCGGGUUUUGAUGGAACUUGAGAAGCAAAUGACGGAGUGGAAACACAGGAGCCAGGGAGGGGGAGAUAGCAUGGAAGGAGAUUCAACAGAGUCACAGCACAAGCGGAGAGCGCAGACUGCCAGGAACGGUACAAGGCAAAAGAAAAAGUACAUGGUCGAGGCGCUGAAUGAACCACCGAAAUUAGAGGCCUUUCUGCGUUCCAAGACGACGUUAUGACCAGAGGGAAAUGAUGGGAUGUAGAAUAUGAUGUUGUCAACAUGAAUGGUAAUA